AACAAGACAACAGUGACUUGGCGCUCUCCCAUUGCUGUGUACAGCUUUAGUGUCAGGCAAAACAGCCCUGUUCGACAACUGAUUGGUUGUCUCCCUACUUGGUGGAGUGAGUGAGCUGACUAGCCUGCCCCCAUUGUGCUGAACAUUCCUCAGUUUACCAGCAUGCCACCAAAAAAGAAGGGGAAAGAGAAGACCAAGAAGAAACAGAACAAUGAAGGAAAUGAGAUGGAGGAGAAGUAUAGGCGGAGUCUUCUGGAUGUGUCUGUUCUUAAGGAACACCUUGCCUUAAGGACAGAUGUGGCUCUGCAGGCACACUCCUCCAGGGAGGAGCUGAGGAGGCGACUGAGGCAGCUGGAGAGGGAUCUCUCUCGGGAGAGAACAGACAAGAGGGAUAUCACAGCAGAUCUUAACCGCCGGCACAGAAUAAUGCAGACGGAUAUGGAGGCCAAAAUUAGUCAACUGGAGAUCAAGGUUAUCACUCUUCAGCAGCAACUGGCGCAGUGUCGUGGGGAACUGCGAGACGAGAGGGAAGCUCACAUACGGUUGAAAGAAGAAAAAGAGGCCAUUAUCAGUGACCUGCAAAGCAAGCUGGACAACAUGGAGGCCGAAUACGAGAAAAUCUUACAUGGAAGCCUGGAUGGUCUCCUGACUCACCUGAUGGAGGUACGAGGUUCAUGGGAGGAGGAGAGUGCCCACAUCCAUCAGGAGUUCAAGGAUAUCCUCAAGGACUUUGGGCUGAAUCCACUUCAGGUCUAAAAAGGCUAGAUGCAGUGUUGUAGUCAAAAAUAGCUUUUCCUUCCCCAUAUUUUCAUGCAGGAACAUUUCAGUGUAAUAUUACAACUCAGAUGGUGGGCUGUUUUUGACCGACGCAAUAAUUAUUUUAGAAUUUCAGAAAGAAAUAUAAUAAACACGUUUCAUUUUU